UAGACUGAUCAUUUUAGAACACUUGUUUUAAGGUGAAUGGUUGAUGCUUUUGCAAUAAUGAGAAUCAUUCUCCAACCAAAAAGCAGCUGUAUUUGUGUGCGAUGAAAUAUGUUUCAAUAAAGCUAAACAGACAGAUUUUCACACACGCUGUUGCUCACCUUAAGCUCAUCGUUAUUUUAAAAUGCACAGUUUAAACUUAAUGGCAUCACGUGAGGUCAAAUUGUCUUUUUUUAAUGAAUUAAACAACAGAAAGACUGUUGAAUGUGGAGAGAACACAAAAGAAAGUUAAUAAGUGACUUUUACGCAUGUUUGAGUGUGAAACAAAAGAACAAGUGAGAGAAAGAGUGUGUAUGUUGUGUGAGGGAAUUCGUGUUGAGCAGCGUUAGCAGGUGGGGGGGGGGAUACGUGUAAUAGACAGAUGGUCACUCAGUGGAGUUGUUCCCCCACACCCUCUCUCUUUCUCGCUCCCUUCUGGGUCUUACAUCCUUUCCCUGUCACCUCUCCAGAAUCUUACCUCAUCUGUUUUUUUUCCUCACCUCUCAUCAGCAUCUUUUAUCACCCCAUCUCUCCUUCCAUCUCAAUCAGUUGAAGUCUGAUCUUCAUUCACUUUGCGGCACCUUGUCUUCACAAACCCUUUCUUCCCUUUCAUUGCUACUUCUCAUUGUCAUUCUUGUCAGUUUUUUUUGCUGAGGAAAUCAACUUGAAAAUACCAAGAGAUUUUUUUUUGAUUGUCAUUCUGGCCCCUGCUGACACGGCACGUAGGACCCUGAAGAGAUUUGGGAUUUAUGGAGGCAAACAAGAAAAAGUAGAAAGACAGGCAGAAAGGGAAUGAUUGACAGCUAUGGCCAAUGAAGAAUUUUGAGUAUUUUCUGAAUAUUAUUUGGUUCUGAGACCCAUCUGCUGGUGCUUUUGCUGCCUGGGUGAAUAUUAAUUUGUUCAAAGAGAUAUUCAACUAAACGUCCCAGGUUCAGUCAUGUACCCCAGGUCAAUCACCUUCGACAUCCCCAUACUGUUGGGUGUGCUCCUGCUGUGGGGGCCUAUGGAGUCUAGAAGCCAGAAUGACACAGAGCCCAUCAUCCUCGAGGGGAAAUGCUUAGUCGUGUGUGACUCGACUCCUUCAUCCGAGCCCGCCGGUAACGCGCUGGGCAUGUCGGUCCGGUCUGGCUCCGGACGGGUGGCCUUCUCCGCCAGCCGCCAGACCAACCACGAGCCCACGGACAUGAGCAACCGCACCAUGAUCAUCUACUUUGAUAAUAUUUUGGUGAACGUAGGCACUCAUUUUGACCAAGAGAGCAGUGUCUUCCUUGCACCGAGAAGAGGUGUGUACAGCUUCAACUUCCAUGUUGUAAAGGCCUACAAUAGACAAACUAUCCAGGUCAGCUUAAUGUUGAAUGGCUGGGCAAUGAUUUCAGCUUUCGCCGGGGACCAGGAUGUGACCAGAGAAGCUGCCACUAACGCCGGCCUGGUGAUUAUGGAGAAGGGGGACAAGGCCUACCUCAGACUGGAAAGAGGCAACCUGAUGGGAGGCUGGAAGUACUCCACCUUCUCUGGGUUCCUGGUCUUCCCUCUGUAACAAAGGUGGUUUAGGUGUUGGAAGGGUGAUAAAUUAGAUUGGGCAGUAGUGAUAAUGAAAGACGGUGGGAGAAAUGGAAGUCUUCAAUCUGUAACUCUUUAAACAGUGCACAAAAGGAUGUGUUUUAUGCAACAACAACAAAAUAAGAUUGUGCAAAUUUAGAUUAAUGUAACAUGAGACCAGAAGAAAAGGAGGAGAAAAUACAUUCAGUAAACAUGAGCAAACCUGUGGAUUUAAUUUGCUCUGUUCCUGUGAAUGACCAUUUCUUUGUAUAAGAGAUACUUUAAUUGUGACAGUAUUAUGAAGUAUCCAUGUGCAAUGUGGGCUUCUGUGCUAAGAUUAUUUUUUUUAAUUCUAAGUGUGUGAAACCUUGCUGUGCUCCACAUGGCAUCAUGUCUAGUUAACAAACUUUCCCUUUACUCUGCUGUGUCGGUUGACUGAUGCUCCUCUAUUUGCCUGUUAGUCUCCUGCAACACAUGUUUAUUGACACAUACAUUUCUAUUAAGGAGAAAAUAUUGAAAUAAAAUUAUAUAAAGUUG